UGAAGAAUAAAGUCAGUGUUUCACGACCCACUGUCUACAAAACGAUCAAAAUGUUUAAACUUUUUGUAAUGUUUUUGGCUCUCUUUGCCUAUGCUUUGGCCGCUCCAAAGCCGGUCCCUCAAAUUUAUGGAGGACUUUAUGGAGGUCUAGAAGGGUAUUCUGGUCUGGGGUACUCUUCCCUGGGAUACGGCUACCCCUAUGGAUAUGGUUCUUACGGAUAUGGGCUCUAUUAAGCAAUUAUAAUGGUUGUUCUGGUUGGCUGGAGAUAAUUUUUGUAAAUUGUAUCAAUUUUAGUUGAAUAAAUUAAUGUGGGUGAUUA